AUGUAUCGAUUCUAAAAGCUACUUUGCUUCCAGCUCUACUGCAGUUUCUUCCCGUUUGCUAGAUAUUGUUAGUAAACAAAUUCAAAUCUGCUGCAACCGAUAAGAAAAAAGUAACACCUUACUUCGUUUAAAUUUGGCAAUGGAAAUGUCAGAGUUUUGCGAAAAUCUGGACGAGAUUGAGGAUGAAACGUUCGACGAGGAGAAAUCUGCGAGGACUUCGGAUGAAAAUCGAAAACAAAAUCACAGUGAGAUCGAGAAACGGCGUCGGGAUAAGAUGAAUACUUACAUCAAUGAGCUCUCCUCCAUGAUCCCCAUGUGCUAUGCCAUGCAGCGGAAGCUGGACAAGCUUACAGUUCUCCGAAUGGCGGUACAGCACCUGCGUGGGAUACGCGGAAGCGGCAGCCUUCAUCCCUUCAAUGUUUCCGACUACCGGCCCAGUUUUCUCUCCGACCAGGAGCUUAAGAUGAUCAUCCUGCAGGCCUCGGAAGGGUUUCUUUUCGUGGUGGGUUGUGAUAGGGGUCGCAUCCUUUAUGUCUCCGAAUCAGUGUCCAAUGUGCUCAACUGCACUCAGGCGGAGCUGCUGGGACAGAGCUGGUUCGAUGUCCUACACCCCAAGGACAUUGGAAAGGUGAAGGAGCAGCUUUCAUCGCUGGACCAGUGUCCUAGGGAGCGACUCAUCGAUGCAAAGACCAUGUUGCCCGUAAAAACAGACGUGCCGCAAAGUCUGUGCCGAUUGUGUCCUGGCGCCCGGCGUUCCUUCUUCUGUCGCAUGAAACUGCGGGCCACCAACAACCAGAUCAAGGAGGAAUCGGACACCUCAUCCAGUUCGCGCAGUUCUACGAAGCGAAAGUCCAAGUUGAGUACGGGCCAUAAAUAUCGUGUUAUCCAAUGUACGGGCUACCUCAAGUCCUGGACACCCAUCAAAGACGAGGAUCAGGAUGGUGACAGUGAUGAGCAAACGACUAAUCUGUCGUGCCUGGUGGCCAUUGGUCGCAUCCCACCGAACGUUCAUAACUCCACAGUUCCUGCCUCGCUGGACAAUCAUCCCAACAUUCGACACGUGCUCUUCAUAUCCCGGCACUCUGGGGAGGGCAAAUUCCUUUUCAUCGACCAGCGUGCCACCCUCGUGAUAGGAUUCCUUCCCCAAGAGAUCCUAGGCACCAGCUUUUACGAGUACUUUCAUAACGAAGACAUCGCCGCCUUGAUGGAGUCUCACAAAAUGGUUAUGCAGGUUCCAGAGAAGGUUACCACGCAGGUCUAUCGAUUCCGUUGCAAGGAUAAUAGUUUCAUCCAACUUCAGAGCGAAUGGCGGGCUUUCAAAAAUCCCUGGACAAACGAAAUUGACUACAUAAUUGCCAAAAACUCGGUGUUUCUAUAGAGCUAUUAGAAAAUGAAACGAACUAUGCAUUCGAUUACAUUCCCAAAGAUCAUCGCCCGGAGUUGAGUAAUAUUUCAUAUGAUGUACAAACUCUUAUUCUGAUAAGCCAUUCCUUUUGUACCAAAAUAAUUUAAUUAAAGUAAAACCAAAUUGUAAUUUCUCUCGAAUGGCGUUCUCCGUUCAAUCACGUUUUCGUUAUUGUUCUCUGAUACUCCAUGAUACCCCAUAAUUGUAGAAGAGAACGCUGGUAGCGAAUAAACAAAAGAAAAAAUAGUUCUUAGCCAAGCACGUUUUGGACGUGAUCGUUGCUCGAAUUUCUUUGGGCACAUAACUACUUACUUAUAUGUGUAGUUAUAUGUACCUGGGCCGACAUGUGUGUCGGUUUAUUUGGUUUAUCAAGUGAGACGGGCUUUUUCGCCUGAUUUUUGUUAUUUUAUUUAUUUCUUUUUUGCCUGCACUAUCAAUAGACCCCCAUAAAGAGGCGGCGGACCAGGCGCGUGGGAUUGGCCUGGGUCUGGGUCUGGGUCUGUUGCUUUUGCUGUCUCAAUCGCCGGAUUCGAAAUUAGUUGGCAUAGAGCUGGCGUCGUGUUCGGACGCUCUGGCAUUGUGGCUCUCCACCCUCCCCUAUUAAAUCAUUAUUUACGCGGAUAAAGGCAUCGUUUCGGGUUUCGGGUUUCGGUAUCGUUUUAGUUUUCGCCGUCCAAUCAAGUUUUAUUGAAAUGAGUGCCC